AUGGGUUAUAAAGAACAUCUUGAAGUAGUGAAAUAUUUACGUUCUAUAGGAUAUAGAGGAACAGAAGCAGCAAUAGAUGAUGCUGCAAUGAAUGGUAACCUUGAAUUACUAAAAUAUUCACAUGAAUUAGAGUAUAGAGGAACAGAAGAAGCAAUAAAAAAUGCUAUAAUGAAUGGUAACCUUGAAGUACUAAAAUAUUUACAUGAAUUAGGGUAUAGAGGAAAUGAAUGGACAACUAAUUGUGCUGCAGAAAAUGGGCAUCUUGAAGUAGUGAAAUAUUUACAUUCUGUAGGAUAUAGAGGAACGGAAGAAGUAAUAGAUUAUGCUUCAGAAAAUGGACACCUUGAAGUAGUGAAAUAUUUACAUUCUAUAAGAUAUAGAGGAACAGAAGCAGCAAUAGAUGAUGCUGCAGAAAAUGGACGCCUUGAAGUUGUGAAAUAUUUACAUUCUAUAAGAUAUAGAGGAACAGAAGCAGCAAUAGAUGAUGCUGCAAAAAAUGGACACCUUGAAGUAGUGAAAUAUUUACAUUCUAUAAGAUAUAGAGGAACAGAAGCAGCAAUAGAUAAUGCUGCAAAAAAUAGACACCUUGAAGUAGUGAAAUAUUUACAUUCAUUAGGAUAUAAAGCAACAGAAGAGACAAUUAAUAUUGCUGUAAAAUAUGAACGCCAUGAAGUACUUGAAUAUUUACAUUCAUUAGGUUAUAAAGUUUCAGAAGAUGUAAUUAAUAAUGCUUUAAAAUAUGGACGUCUUGAAGUACUCAAAUAUUUACAUUCAUUAGGUUAUAUAAGUUUAGAAGAUAUAUUUAAUAAUGCUGUAAAAAAUAUACAUUUAUUAAGUUAUGAAGAUUCAUCAGAUACAUUUAUUAAUGGCAUAAAGUUUAGUCAUCGUCAAGUACUUGAAUAUUUACAUUCAAUAGGAUAUAAAGAAAAAUAA